AUGGCAAUAACUGCGUCUAACAGCAACGUGCCGCAUCUGAGCCUGAAUGGACUGAAAUGCGACGAUAUCAAGAGAAAUGGCUUUCACCACAGGAGACACAAAAAUGGCCCAGGGACUGGUGUCGCCUCCAGGCAGCACAAGCAGGAGUCCGUUGAACAGGCCCCGAUGUACGUGGCUGUCAUGACAUACCUGGGCUUCGGCAUUGUCACGCUGUUUGGCUACUUCAGAGAUUUCCUGAGAGCUGUGGGCUUAGAGAAGUGCAACCUUGCCCAGGAAAGAGAGGAACAGAAGGAUUUCGUACCUCUUUAUCAAGAUUUUGAGAACUUUUACACUCGAAACCUGUACAUGAGGGUACGAGACAGCUGGAACCGUCCCAUAUGCAGCCUGCCAGGACCUGUCUUCGACUUGAUGGAGAGGGUGUCUGAUGACUACAACUGGACAUUCAGGUUAACCGGGAGGACAAUACACAAUGCCAUCAACAUGGGCUCCUACAACUACCUCGGUUUUGCUGAGAACAACGCUGACUUCCUGAAAACAGUGGCGGACAAAACGCUGCACUAUGGGGUCGGGGUUUGCAGCACAAGGCAGGAAAUAGGUACCCUGAGCAUCCACGAAGAGCUGGAGAAACUUGUGGCCAAUUUCCUCAGAGUAGAGUCCUCCAUGAUUUUUGGGAUGGGUUUUGCCACCAACUCAAUGAACAUUCCAGCAAUCAUCGGCAAGGGUGGUUUGAUACUGAGCGAUGAGCUCAAUCACACAUCUCUCAUCUUAGGGGCCAGACUGUCAGGAGCAACGAUCCGGGUGUUCAAACACAACAACAUGCACAGUCUGGAGAAGAUGCUAAGAGAGGCAGUUUGCUCAGGGCAGCCACGGACCCACAGGCCCUGGAAGAAGAUCCUCAUCAUGGUGGAAGGCAUCUAUAGCAUGGAGGGCUCAGUGUUGCGACUUCCUGAGAUCAUCGCUCUGAAGAAGAAGUAUAAAGCAUAUCUGUACCUGGACGAGGCCCACAGUAUCGGAGCAGUGGGACCAUCAGGGAGGGGGGUGACCGAGCUGUUCAAUGUGAACCCAGCUGAUGUGGACGUGAUGAUGGGCACCUUCACCAAGAGCUUUGGGGCUGCUGGAGGCUACAUCGCAGGGAAAAAGGACCUGGUGGACUACCUGCGCAGUCAUUCUCACAGUGCCGUAUACGCCUCGGCCAUGUCCCCUCCUGUCGCUGAGCAGAUCAUACGCGCCAUGAAGUGCAUCAUGGGAAAAGACGGGAGCACAGAAGGCAUUAGGCGGAUCCGCCAACUGGCGGAGAACACCAGAUACUUCAGGGCCAAGCUGAAGGAGAUGGGCUUCAUCAUCUACGGCAAUGAUGACUCACCUGUGGUUCCAAUCCUGCUCUACAUGCCCGGCAAAGUGGUGGCUUUUGCUCGAGAAAUGCUGGAGAGGAAAAUUGCCGUAGUGGUCGUCGGCUUUCCAGCGACGCCGAUUACAGAGGCCCGAGCUCGCUUCUGUCUGUCUGCAACGCACACCAGAGCCAUGCUGAACCAGGUGCUGCACCAUAUGAACGAGGUGGGAGACAACCUCUGUCUGAAGUUCUCCCGACUGAAAUAUUCCUCUUGUCCUGACCUCUGUGAUGAGACAGACUUUGAGCUGGGCAGCUGAUAUGACCCUUGACACCUUCAUUUCACCUUCGUGUCAAAACGAAGCCUACUAAGUGUCCAUGCCACAGCAGCCCCAUAAACGCACAACGCAGAGUAACACCCGUGUCUCACAGCAGAAGAGGGGCCAAAUGUUUAGCAGCUGCUUUUUAUAUGUUUGUAAAACAUUGCAAUUUAACGGAACAAUUAUGUGUGCCUUUGAGAGUCUCUAUGAACUAUUUAAAUGCCUUUUAUUCUGAAUACAUUUUAAUGUGAAUACAUGCCUAAAAUGAUUGCACAACCAUUGCUGGAUUGGUUUCAAACUCCAGUACGAUAAAUCACUUUGUUAGUUCAGUUUUAGAGGCUUUUUUUACGCAGUUAUUCUAUUGACUUGUGUCUAUAUUUAGACGUUCAAAACUUUUUAAGGAAGCAUUUUCUGCUUCUCAUAAUGUCAGCCUCCAUUUAUUAAAAAUGCUGGUGGUGGUUAUGAUUAGAGAAUGGUGUACAGUCUCUGUGAAGUUGAUGGAAGGAGUCCCAUUUGCUUCCCGGAUAUGAAGUGGUAGUUAUAAGGAAUGAAAAGGGUAUUUGUAGUCAUUUCACCCCAUGGUGUCGUGCUGCAUUGCUGAAUGUUGAAUCUGUUGAUUUUAAUUUUCUUUUUUUAUUAGUAAAACAACAAUACUGCAAAUGAAAAUGUCCUGAAUGUGUUUUGAAAUAGAAAGGUAGAUUAACGAUCCAGACGACAGGUUUCUAAAAGUCCUGAACCUUCCCUUUGGAUCGGUCUUUUCCUGACACAUGAUUAUUUACACAUCUCAAGGCUGGACUGAUUAAGCCAAGGAUGAUGAAGAUCCCUGUGUUGCACAGUGAACUGUUUUUAUAAAACCUUCAUCGGUGUAAGACCACUUUCAUCUCCACGGUAAAUGAUCACCUCCCUGUAAAUACAAGAUUACGCAGCAAUUACUCAACAACUGAGUUAAAUCCCAACAACCCCCACACAGACUUAAAAAGGUGUUUUGACUUGUUUUGUGGCGAGACUGCUCAUAUUCAUCAAGCCUUAACAGCUUAAUCAAUGGUGUUUUAAAGACGUGCUGUUCCCUUUCACACACAGACUGCGUAACAGUUGUGAAGGUAAGCAUGCAGAGUAUGCAGCACCUGAGCCAACAGAAACCUAAACUAGCAAUUAAGCGCCAAACUCUAAAUUCUCGUGGUAUGGGGUAAUCAUUUGAUUAACCGAGGAAGGAUUAUAGAUGAAUGAUAAAUGUGUUUUCACAAUGUGUCAGACUGGGUCUAGUCGACACUUGUUUGCCCUCGGGGCGUUACCGUGUUUGUGUUUUUUUCCUCCUCAUAAACAACAUAGUGAUGAGAUUUUUGCAAGUUGGCUUGCAAUAUGCAAUCCAUGGUAGAAAAAAAUAAAUGCAAGAUGAACUGCAAACAAAGAGGUAGUAGGAAGAAAAAGUUUAAAAAGUGAAUUUAAAAAAAAGUCCUUUUCCCCUAAAGGAGAAAACCAUUCAAGUCUAUGGUAGACCAUUUAGUUCUGUAAGUAAAUAUCCACAUCUGGCUCCUGUAGCCAGAAACAAUAGAAAACUGUUUUGUUCCUCAUAUCUGUGAUGUCAUACUGCACCAAUGCACUGCUCCAUAAAGAUCUUGAGGAGAUGUGAAAAGGUGGCCUCAUAUGCUGCAUUCGCGUGCUCGGGAUGUCUGUUAUUAAUUUGUGUUUACUUUCACCUUUAGUCUUCAUGUGAACAUUCUGAAAUGCAUUGUGGGUUUACAGCAGAAGACAGAUGUGUGUAAAGGGAAACUCAAAAGCUUGAAUUCACUCUCGGACACAACUCGGUGCGUUACAGACGUGGAGCGCUCAAAUACUAAGCUCCACUGUGAUUAUGC